UCCCAGAUUCUCCCUCGUCUCUACCUUUCAGGGUACCUCGCAGCGAUCAACGAGCAGCAGCUGCGCGACAUGCGCGCGACGCACAUUCUCUCCAUCCUCGAGCUCGCUCCGCCCUUCCCGCCCGCGCUCGUCGACGAUCUCCACACGAUGCACGUCUGCCUGGCCGACGACGACGACGCGGACAUCCUUUCCCAUCUAGGCGCCACGACCGCGUUCAUCGCGUCCGCGUUGCAGGCCGAGAACAACGUCGUGCUAGUGCACUGCGCAAUGGGCAUCUCGCGCUCCCCGGCCGUCGUCUGCGCGUAUCUCAUCGCGACCGAAGGCAUGACCCCGCGCGACGCGCUCGACUUCUGCCUCUCCAAGCGCGACAUCAUCGACCCCAACUUCGGCUUCCGCCAGCAGCUCGAGCAGUUC